UUUCAGAGUGCGAUUAGCCAAUGGGAGCUCCCGCUUGACCACGGAUGGCCGGAGCUGGCGCCCUGGUUCUGGAGGUGACGGGUUACUGAAGGCGAGAGGCGCCACCCGGAGGACAAAUGCUUGCUGACCUGGGCCAGUGCUCUUCCCUUACGCAAGUCUCAGCUUCUCGUCACGACGUUCGCCCGCUCGCUCUGAGGCUCCUGAAGCGGAAACCGGCUAGACUUUCCUCCUUCCCGCCUGCCUGUAGCCGCGUUGCUGCCACUCCGCCACCAUGUUCGAGGCGCGCCUGGUCCAGGGCUCCAUCCUGAAGAAGGUGUUGGAGGCCCUCAAGGACCUCAUCAACGAGGCCUGCUGGGAUAUUAGCUCCAGCGGCGUAAAUCUGCAGAGCAUGGACUCGUCCCACGUCUCCUUGGUGCAGCUCACCCUGCGGUCUGAGGGCUUCGACACCUACCGCUGCGACCGCAACCUGGCUAUGGGCGUAAACCUCACCAGUAUGUCCAAAAUACUAAAAUGCGCCGGCAAUGAAGAUAUCAUUACACUAAGGGCUGAAGAUAAUGCGGAUACCUUGGCGCUAGUAUUUGAAGCACCCAACCAGGAGAAAGUUUCAGACUAUGAAAUGAAGUUGAUGGAUUUGGAUGUUGAACAACUUGGAAUUCCAGAACAAGAGUACAGCUGUGUAGUAAAGAUGCCUUCUGGUGAAUUUGCACGUAUAUGCCGAGAUCUCAGCCAUAUUGGAGAUGCUGUUGUAAUUUCCUGUGCAAAAGACGGCGUGAAAUUUUCUGCAAGUGGAGAACUUGGAAAUGGAAACAUUAAAUUGUCACAGACAAGUAAUGUCGAUAAAGAGGAGGAAGCUGUUACCAUAGAGAUGAAUGAACCAGUUCAACUAACUUUUGCACUGAGGUACCUGAACUUCUUUACAAAAGCCACUCCACUCUCUUCAACGGUGACACUCAGUAUGUCUGCAGAUGUACCCCUUGUUGUAGAGUAUAAAAUUGCUGAUAUGGGACACUUGAAGUACUACUUGGCUCCCAAGAUCGAGGAUGAAGAAGGAUCUUAGGCAUUCUUAAAAUUCAAGAAAAUAAAACUAAGCUCUUUGAGAACUGCUUCUGAGAUGCCAGCAUAUACUGAAGUCUUUUCUGUCACCAAAUUUGUACUUUUAAGUACAUAUGUAGAUAUUGUUUUCUGUAAAUAACCUAUUUUUUUCUCUAUUCUCUGCAAUUUGUUUAAAGAAUAAAGUCCAAAGUCAGAUCUGGUCUAGUUAACCUAGAAGUAUUUUUGUCUCUUAGAAAUACAUGUGAUUUUUAUAAUACAAGAGGGUCUUGACUCUAAAUGCAGUUUUAGAAUUGUUUUUGAAUUUAAAUAAAGUUACUUGAAUUUCAAACAUCA